AUGAACUGCACGUACAAGGUGGGCGAGCGGCGCGAUAUUCGGGCAGUCAAUAAAGUGAACGUGGCGUACCGCCUGAAGUACCUGCGCAAAAAGUGCGCUAGCCUCAACAAGAGCACCGCCAUACACACCGAAGUCUAUUUGGCCGAGCCUACUGCAACUUACAUCACGUAUCGAAGCAGACAUGCCUCCUUCCCAAGAUGCGGCGCUCGCUACCCUCUGGGAAAAGGGCGCCGCUUUUGUAUCAUUGGCGCAGGUGUCAUCAUGCGCGUGGACAAUUAUCGCACGCGGAGCGAGUGGGUCGAGGGCUCCGUGAAAGUGUGGGCGGCGGACAAGGCUGCCAGCUCCGCCACCGACGACUAUCACGGCAACUUCACGAGCGAGAAGUUCUAG